AUCUUCCGUUUCAACUCCUCUUCUCUCUCUUCACUGUCAAAUCAUCAUCAUCUUCUUCUUCUUCAUUCUUUCGAUUUUUAUACUAAUUUCUGUAUGUAAAUACUAAUCAUUAGCUCUUUCUGUAUAUAUUCGAUUUUCUUUGAGAACCCUUUUUUGUAUUGGUGUAAAUAAUUUCAAUUUUUAGAAGAUAUGAAGGAAGAUUCUCGUUCCUGGAUACCCUAUGAAAGUAAAAGGUUUCAUACUCAUAAAGUCCUUUAAUUUCUUCUGCAUAACCCCACCACCAUCGCUGCUUGAUACCAGUUUGUUGAUUAUUGUGCAGCUGAUUGCUCCACCCACCCCUCCUUUUCACCUGAAUUCUAGGGUUUUCGUUCGUUUCUCAUUUCAAUCUAUCUAUUUUUAUUUCCUUCUUUCAUGAUCAUUCGGUGGUGUACUCAUCUUGAUUUCUGUGCUUCUUGAUCAUUCAAAUGAAUUUCCCCAACUUUUGUACAGGCUUUCUUUUCGCUUCUUCAUCGCAUAGUAUCUUUGGUACUUGUACUUGUAGUUAACUGUUUGUUCCCUUUAGAAUCUCCUUUCUCUGUUUGGAUUUCUUACCUUUUGUCCUUAUCAAAUUUGAUAUAUAAAAAAUAAAGUAGAAAAGAGAAAGGAGAAGGUCUUAUUCAUGGCGUUUCAGCCGUCAGAUCGACCAGGUCCAAGCUCAGGAUCAAGUUCGAGUUCUGGGUUUCAGCAUAUGAGCUCUCCUUUUGGGGAUACUACUUUGACAAAGGUUUUUGUUGGAGGACUUGCUUGGGAGACUCAGAGUGAGACUAUGCGCCAAUAUUUUGACCAGUUUGGAGAGAUUAUGGAAGCUGUUGUCAUCACUGAUAAGAACACUGGCCGAUCCAAGGGUUACGGUUUUGUGACUUUCCGAGACCCUGAAUCUGCAAAGCGAGCAUGUGUUGAUUCAGCUCCAGUUAUUGAUGGUAGACGAGCAAAUUGUAACUUGGCCUCACUUGGAAGGCCUCGGCAUUCAUUGCCGUUUGGACAUAUCAGAUCACCAACACCUUUUGCUGGUGGUAUGCCAGCUGUUCGUGGGCCUUAUUUCGGAAACUAUGGCUACCAACAACCGGUUCCUUUCAGCUAUCAACCAGGAUUAACGUAUCCCUCAUACACGUAUGCAACUUAUGGUCCGGAAUACAUCUAUCCACAGGGCAUCUACAAUCCGUAUGUGGGUCAACAGUAUCUUCAGAUAUAUGGAGUACCUGGCACAGUUAACACACAAGUAUAUCCAUACAAUCAAAUGGGUCAAACUGCUCCAACGGGUGGUUAUACAGCUUUGCAGAGUUAUACAUUGCCUGGUCAACAGAUUAUCCAAUAUGGUGGACCUGGUGUAAAUGGAAUAACUACUCCUUCCAUUCAGACAAUUCAAGCGCCAUAUCCAACAGGUGUUGUGGCACCUAUUCCAGGACAACAUUUUAUGGUUCCUGCUCCACCUCAGUUCAUUCAAGGCGGCGGUUCUGGACAAAAUGUCGGGUAAACAUCUGAUUAAGAUUCUUGUUUUGCAGGUAUCCRUAGAUUGCAGCAGGACUUAGAGCAGCAGUACUGCUACUUGAGUGGCGGGCUUGGAUCUAGCCUUGCAAGUUACUWGUUUUGCAUUCUAGAGGUGAUACUCGAGAGAGAAGUCAAAGUCAUUGUCCGAGUUGCUCCUGUUGUGUGGAGAAAUUCCAAUAGCAUGCGAAUUGCCUCUUUGUUAAACCACACCACCACCAUGGCUUGCUCUACCAGUGUUAUGGAUGACUGGUAGACGCCGGUGGCCAUGUGAAUGGCCACCGGAAGCUGGAAUCGUUUUCCGGCUCCAUGGUCCCUCCUCCUAUCCUAUGUAAUAAAGAACCGGUGUAAACAGUAAUUAGAAGAAUCAAAAUAUGAUUCUUGUUCUAGUUACAAAAGCCGGAUGUGUCCUCCAUUUUGUUUCGAUCCUGAAUUCCAAAGGGUGGAAGCUUAGGAUCUUUUACUUUAUUAAGUAUCAGAAAUGAAGCUAUCAUGUGUUUGUGUAACUCAUCUUCAAGAAAAUUGUAAUUUUCAGAUGUAUGUAUGUAUAUAGAGUAAAUUUCAAAUCUGGUCCUUUUACUUGUGAUAA